AUGCCACAUUCCAAACGGCCACUCGAGGAAGUUGACGGCAAUGCGUUGAAAGAUGGACAGACGCAUUCGCAUUCGCAUGCGAAACGUCAGAAUUUCUCUAUGCGUGCUCCUUUAGCUGCGAAAGAUGACGAUGUCGGGGAUGAGAAUGCGGAGGUGCAUACAGCGAAGAAGAUUUAGAUGGUUGAAGAGCAUGAUGCUUAUGAUGAUAUGUUGGAUUAUAAGACUAUUGAUUAUACGACGAAGGAUGAUAGUAAAUUGCGGUGCUUGUUACGAGAUCGUAAUUUGUCGGAUACUGGUCAGUUAUUCUCUUUAAAAUUAUGGAUUUUGGUGUGGUAUUGAGGAGAGUAAAAAGCUGACUUUAAGAUUUUGAAUUGGUACCAGGCACGAGACAAGAGAUGAUCAAAACCCCCCAACAGACAGCUCUCGACUAUGAAACCUUUACAUCCGACGAGCUCACAGAGAUGCUAUACAACCGCCACCUCCGCACCGCCACCGGCACCAAACAAACCAAAAUCGCCCGCUUACUCCUAAACGACCACCUCGAUUGUCACAGCGGGAAUUCAGAAGAAGGCAUCCUCUACGGCUCAAUCUGGGCCUUCGACGUGAUCCCCAUCUCCAUCAAACGCAACGAAGAAGAGCUCGCCGAGAAAUACAAUUCCUGGACCGAAGACCAUCUCCGCAAACACCUCGAGGAGAAAAACCUGUCCACCACAGGAACUGCAAAAGUCCUCGCGAAACGCGCACUCAAAGCUGAAAAAGAACACAACGAUAAAUACUGGGAGGACCUCCUCCUACGUAAAGAUAGUCUCCAAGCUGAACUCGAUGCCCUGGCGGGCCACGCCGUCGACGUCUCGGCCUUCAUGAAAGCAGAAGAAUGGAUCAGACACCGGGAUCACAAGAUCCAAUCCGAAGCCAAGCGCGCCACGCCCCGAAAUCCGAUCUGUGACUAUGAUAUCAGUACUUCGCCCUGGGCGGAGAAAUCGGAGCUCGAGCUCCACGUUGUGUGUUUGCAGAUGGGGAUGCCAGGACGGGGACAUGCGCCGAAGGCGGCGCAGAUUAAGUGGCUUGAGACGGGGAAGUUUGAGUAUUCGGAUUUGUAUAUGGAUGGGCUGCUGAUUAUCUGUGAGAUGAGGUUGGUGCCCACGACGAGUAAGAUGAAGAAGGGGGAGGUGAUUGAGCUUUUGGAGGAGUGUGAUGAGAGGGAGGGGGUGAGUGGGUGGACGGCGUGGGAUGAGCCGGUUAGGACGAGUAUGGUGGAGGUUUGGUAUGAGGGGGCUGAGGAUGUUGAGGGNUGA